UCAAAGAUCAAAUACCCGAAUCACCCUUCGCUGUUUCCAUUUCAUUCUCCCAGUUUAUACCUCUCCAUCGUCGAUUUCAAUCUCCAUUAUUCCUCCAUCUUCAACCCUAAUUCCGCCGAGAUCUCCGAUUACCAGUCCAGCCAUGGUCUGCAUACGCAAGGCGGUUGUUGACGACCUUAUGGCAAUGCAAGCCUGCAACCUAUUUUGCCUGCCGGAGAAUUACCAGAUGAAAUACUACUUCUACCAUAUUCUUUCCUGGCCUCAACUUCUUUACGUCGCCGAAGAUUACAACGGCCGGAUCGUCGGCUACGUUUUGGCUAAAAUGGAGGAAGAAAGCAACGAGUGCCAUGGACAUAUUACCUCACUUGCUGUGUUACGAACGCAUCGGAAGCUCGGUUUAGCUACUAAACUCAUGAGCGCGGCUCAGAACGCCAUGGAACAAGUUUAUGGAGCGGAAUAUGUCUCCCUCCAUGUGAGGAAGAGUAAUCGGGCUGCUUUUAAUUUAUAUACGGAGACUUUGGGGUAUAAGAUUCAUGAUAUUGAGGCGAAGUACUACGCGGAUGGUGAGGAUGCUUAUGAUAUGAGGAAGCAGCUUAAGGGAAAGCAAAUUCAUGGAACCGGGCACCACCACCACCACCAUCAUCAUCCUCACCAUCACCACCAUCAUGGUCAUGGUCAUGGACACGGGCAUCAGCAUGGUGGGGGGUGUUGUUCUGGCGGUGAUUCCGGGAGUGUUGCUGAGGUAAAAGCAGAGUCUAAGGGCAAUGCAUCGAAAGCGGACUCUAAGGCUAAUUAGAAAGCUGGAACAGAGUUGUUGAUUAAUACCCUGGCUGAGAAAUUCCAAUGGCUUUAACUUCACUAUUA